CAUUUCCGAAGUUAGUUGACGCUAAUGCCUUUUACAUUGAGGCCAGAUUUCGCAAUAUGCAAAUUAUGUUCAUUAUUGCGAUUCUCGCUUAGUAUUUAACGACGAUUUCGAGUGGCUAUUAUUGGUUGUUGGCCACAGGAGAAGUUCACGAUGGAAAACUUGCUGAAGACAGCUGUCAUUGUUUUGUGUCUGUGCUGUCUGGUGUUUGCCGAACCACCUCCCGAACUGAAUAAGGCAGAGCCAGAAUUAAUCGAGGAUGGAGUGGUAAACGAGGACAACAAACUUGGCAUUAAGCCAAAUGAAUCCCCAAAAGGCGAGAAUGAUCGACGACGACGUGAAAUCGAUAGAUCGACCUGUGAGCAGAAGUAUCUGGACCUGUACGAAAACCACACCAUGUGUCUUGUGGACGUCGGCGUCUCCAACUCGGUGUUGUCAGACGCAGAAAAAACGGCCAUCGUGAAGCAACACAACGACUACCGCAAAGGCGUGCAGCCUACUGCCACCAACAUACUCAAGCUGAUUUGGGAUGACGACAUCGCAAUAGUAGCAGCCAAGUGGGCGAGGCAGUGUGUGAGAGGUCAUGACGGGGGCACGGCACACGCCGUUCCAGAAUUACCAAAGGUUUACAUCGGUCAGAACGCAGCAUACGGGUUCUACAGCUACGAGGCCGCCAUCAAAGCCUGGUAUGACGAGGUAGCCGACUAUAAGUUCGGCGUUGGAAGAGUAGGUGCUGAUGUAACCAAGAAGGUCGGCCAUUACACGCAGGUUGUUUCGGCAGUCGCUACACGAAUUGGCUGUGGAUCGGCAUAUUGCGAAAACAGUGAAUACGCCAGUAAAAUACAUCAUAUAUGUAACUAUGCCGUAGGACAGAGUUCCAUACAAUACCCGUACAUAAGUGGCACCAGCGCUGCAGCAUGUCCCAACAAGCGCUCUGGCAACCUAUGUGACUGUGGUGGGAAACUGUGCUUUAACGGAGGAACCAUAGACAUAAGCACCUGCACCUGUACCUGUCCAGCUCUGUAUAAGGGUGACUUGUGUGAAACCCUGAAUUGUCCAACACUAGAUCCAAGCUCCUGCAGUAUCUAUACAUUGGACAAAUGUCAAACCAACCUCUAUGUGCGUAACGCGUGUCCUCAGCGUUGUGGUAUCUGUCCGAAACCAUGCAAUGGCUUGUCGUGUCAAAACCUGGGCACCUUGGACUUGAAUACCUGCAAGUGUCAGUGUCUUUCAGACUACUCGGGGACGUCAUGUGAGACACUAACCUGUCCGACAUCUCAGAGCUGGUGGUGUGCUUCCCGAACAACAGAUGACUGCACCCGCUACUACAAUCUUCCGUAUAUUUGCCUCAUACAGUGUGGAAGCUGUGAGAAACCCGCAGCGCCAUGCAAUGGCUUGUCGUGUCAAAACCUGGGCACCUUGGACUUGAAUACCUGCAAGUGUCAGUGUCUUUCAGACUACUCGGGGACGUCAUGUGAGACACUAACCUGUCCGACAUCUCAGAGCUCGUGGUGUGCUUCCCGAACAACAGAUGACUGCACCCGCUAUUACAAUCUUCCGUAUAUUUGCCCCAUACAGUGUGGAAGCUGUGAGAAACCCGCAGCGCCGUGUAAUGGCUUGAUUUGUGAGAACGAUGGCACCCUCGACAAAACCGCAUGCACGUGCAAGUGCCAGGGUUCGUAUUAUAGCGGAGACCGAUGUCAAACACUGACCUGUCCAACUUCAGUGUCAAAAUCGUGCGCUACUUUGGCGAGUGACGCGUGCACGAGAUACUGGAACGUCAAGUAUCUCUGCCCUAUGAUGUGUGGAAAAUGCGGACCUUUGCCAUGUGGUAAGAUCUGUAGAAACUACGGUACUUUAGACACGAAUACCUGCACUUGUCGGUGCGAAGCGGCUUAUUCUGGGGAUACGUGCACAACAUUGACUUGUCCUGCAUCUGAUCCAGCCAUUUGCGGCACAGAGUGGUCAAGUAGUUACUGCAAGUAUAGCAACGUGCCCUACCACUGUCCAACGAUGUGUGGAAAAUGCUGAGCUGCUUUAAAUUAUUCAUGCUGAGCAGUUAAUUACAACCAAAGCAAAAUGUAACAAGUUAAAUGACAAUGUUAAAGGAGAGGACAAUUACGGCAUUUGGCCUGGUAUGCAUAUUCAACGAUAUAUAAUGCACAUUAUUGCUUAAUAUCAACACGUAUAAUCGUAUAGUUAAUUAAUAAAACUGUUAAAUGUGAC